AUGGCGAGCGCGGGAAAUCUACAGCCCAUGCCACCGUUUGACCCUAAGACGGAUGUUAGUGCUGUAGCACAACGUUGGGAACAAUGGCUUAAGAGAUUUCAAAGAUAUUUGCUGGCAAUGAAUAUCAAGUCGAAAGCACGGCAGCGGGCUAUGCUUUUGUACGCGACAGGUCCCAAAGUGGAGGCCAUUUUUGACACGCUACUGGAUAAUGGUCUCGGCGAUGACUUUAAGACGACGUGUGAAAAGCUCACUGAAUAUUUUAGUCCUUCUAAGAAUGUACCUUUCGAGGUAUAUAAAUUUAGUCAAGCUAAGCAACAAGAACAUGAGACAUUAUAG